CCGGGUUAAACUCAAGGCUUCACAUUUUAUUAAAUCAAAGGUUUUACCACGGGUCUGUUCUGUGUUCUCCAAUCUGAAACUGUAGUCAUACUUUGCAGUCGUAUUUAAACUGUUUAAACAAAUAGUACGUAAGUCUUAUGUAUAUAUGUGUGUGUGUGUGUGUGUGUGUGUGUAUGUAUAAGUGUGAGCUAUUUAUUAUCAGUGCCGAAAAGGGCGCAGCAGAGCCAGCGAGCAGGAAUGAAUCACACAUCGCGGACACCGAGCGGAACGGUGGGUUUGCGCUUGUGGUAACGAAGCAUUUUGAGCAACGCUUCCCCUUUUCCCCUGGGAGAAGCAAGAGGCCCCAGCAGGAAUCAUCUGGUCUGGAUCAGCAUAAAAAUGGAUGGAUCUGCUUCUGAAAUGCGCCCUCCUGUGGGGUGUAACAGAAAGCACGCUGAGAGUGUCCUGAUGAAGAGAGCAGACUCCACUGUACCCAGCUGUGUUUCCCUGAAGAGUGACGGGUCAAUGGAGCCUCCAAUCGCCUUCAGAGAGGGACCUUUUCCUACAGAUCAAAGAGACCAAAUGGAAGAUUGCAGUUCAGAUCUACAUGAUAAAUCGGGUUUAUCAUCCAUAUUGAAGUCGCUAGAGGAAAAAGCCAUGAAGUUCCUAAAGGACGAGCUGAAGACGUUUGUGAGGUACCUAGAUCAGAAUUACCCAGAAUCCUCUGAGCCUCAGCUGGAGGAGGAUAAUGACCUGGACUGUGAUGGUCAGAUGGAGAAGACCAGUGUUAGAGAGGUAGCUCUGAAGAUCACAGUGUACAUCCUGAGGACCAUGAAACAUAAUGAUCUUGCUGACCUGCUGGACAAGAGACAGCUCAUGCUGCAACAUCAACAGGAAAUGAAAUGUAAACUUAAGAAGCAAUUUGAGUGUGUAUUUGAAGGGAAAGCUAAGGAAGGACAGCCAACACUUCUCAGUGAGAUUUACACAGAACUCUACAUAACUGAAGGUGGGACUGGAGCAGUCAAUGAUGAACAUGAAGUGAGACAGAUUGAAACAGCAUCCAAGAAAAGGCGAAAAGAAGAUACUACAGUCAAGUGCAAUGAUAUAUUUAAACCCUUAUGUGGGCGUGAGACACCUAUCAGAACUGUACUCACUAAAGGGGUGGCAGGUAUCGGGAAAACAGUCUCUGUGCAGAAAUUUAUUCUCGACUGGGCAGAAGGAAAAGCAAACCAGGAUGUUCACUUCAUAUUUGCUCUUCCUUUCCGGGACCUGAAUUUGAUUAAGGGUGAAUACAGUCUCAUUGAACUGCUUCACCACUUUGUCCCAGAACUGAAAUCUUUUGAAUCCAUUGAGCUGUUUAUGUACAAAGUCUUGUUCAUCUUUGAUGGUCUCGAUGAGUGUCGCCUUCCUCUCGAUUUUCAUAACAAUGAGAGCUGGUUUGAUGUAACAAAGAAAACGUCACUGGAUGUGCUGUUGACUAACCUCAUUAAGGGGAAUCUGCUCCCAUCCGCUCUCCUCUGGAUAACCUCCCGGCCAGCAGCAGCCAAUCAGAUACCUCCUGAGUGUGUCCACCAGGUGACAGAGAUACGAGGGUUCAGUGAUGCCCAGAAGGAGGAGUAUUUCAGGAGGAGAUUUAGGGAUCAAAGCCUGGCCAGCAGGAUCAUCACACAUGUGAAAUCAUCAAGGAGCCUCUUCAUCAUGUGCCACAUACCUGUAUUCUGCUGGAUUUCAGCCACUGUGCUUAAGAGGUUUUUUAGUGAGACUGACAGGGGAGAAAUUCCAAGGACUCUGACUGAAAUGUACACACACUUCCUGAUCUUUCAGUCAAGUUUAAAAAAUGACAAGUAUAUGAAAAACCAUGAAAGUAAGAUUAUGGAAUACAGCAAGCAAUUCCUUUUAAAACUUGGUAAACUUGCUUUUGACAAUAUUGAGAAAGGAAAUCUCAUAUUUUAUAAGCAAGAUCUGACAGAGAAUGGCAUUGAUGUCAGUGAAGCUUCAGUUUACUCUGGAGUUUGCACAGAAGUCUUUAAAGAGGAGUAUGGGUUGUACCAGGAGAAGGUGUACUGCUUUGUGCAUCUGAGCAUCCAGGAGUAUCUCGCUGCUUUAUAUGUGUUUCUGUCAAACUCAUCAGCUGACCUGCUGAAGACUGCAGUGAAUGAGGCAUUAGAGAGCAACAAUGGACACUUGGACCUCUACCUCCGUUUCCUUCUGGGCCUCUCAACAGACUCCAGUAAGACUCUGUUACAAAAGCUACUGGGGCCGACAAGAAUCAACUCACAUACCAUUAAGGAAACAGCCCAAUACAUCAAGGAGAAAAUACAGGAGAAUUUAUCUCCAGAAAGGACUAUCAACCUGUUCCACUGUCUGACUGAGCUGGGUGACAAUUCUCUAGUAGAGGAAGUACAAAGAUACCUGAAUUCAGGAAACAUUUCAGCAGAUGACCUCUCACCUGCACAGUACUCAGCUCUGGCCUUUGUGAUGCUGAUGUCAGAUGAGGAGCUGGAUGUGUUUGAUCUGAAGAAAUACAUCAGAUCAGAUGAACAGCACUGCAGGCUGCUGCCUGUGGUCAAGAACUCCAGGACGGCUCUGCUGAACAGCUGUGAUCUCAUAGAUAAACACUGUGAAGUGCUGUCUUCAGCUCUAAGAUCAAACUCUUCCCCCCUGAGAGAGCUGGACCUGAGUGACAAUAACCUGAAGGAUUCAGGAGUGAAGCUGCUCUCUACUGCACUAGGGGAUUUACACUGUAAACUGGAGAUAUUGAGGCUGUCUGGCUGUAGAGUCACAGAAGAAGGCUGUUCUUCCCUGGCUUCAGCUCUAAGGUUAAACCCCUCACACCUGAGAGAGCUGGAUCUGAGCUACAAUCACCCAGGAGACUCAGGAGUGAAGCUGCUCUCUGCUGUACUGGAGGAUCCCAGCUGUAAACUGGAGAAGCUGCAGGUGGGCCAGUGUGAACUCACAGAGAAAUGCUGUGAGGCACUGGCUUCAGCUGUCAGAUCAAACUCCUCACCCCUGAGAGAGCUGGACCUGAGUGACAAUGACCUGCAGGAUUCAGGAGUGAAGCUGCUCUCUGCUGGACUGGGGAACUUACACUGUAAACUGGAGAUACUGAGACUGUCAGGCUGUAGAGUCACAGAAGAAGGCUGUUCUUCCCUGGCUUCAGCUUUGAGGUCAAACCCCUCAUACCUGAGAGAGCUGGACCUGAGCUACAAUCACCCAGGAGACUCAGGAGUGAAGCUGCUCUCUGCUGUACUGGAGGAUCCCAGCUGUAAACUGGAGAAGCUGAAUGUGGAUCAUGGUGGAGAGUGCAGGACCAGACCAGGCUUACAGAAAUACUCCUGCCAGCUGACGCUGGACCCCAACACAGCACACAGACACCUGUCUCUGUCAGGGGGGAACAGGAAGGUGACAUGGGGGGCAAAGCAUCCAUAUCCUGAUCAUCCAGAGAGAUUUGACCUCUGUCCCCAAGUUCUGUGCAGAGAGAGUCUGACUGGCCGCUGUUACUGGGAGGCUGAGUGGGAUGGAUAUGGGACCUGGAUAGGAGUGACUUAUAAAGGAAUCGGGAGGAAAGGAGAGAGGGACUGUGGGCUUGGAGACAAUGACAAGUCAUGGUGUCUGUACUGUAAUACUGUCAGUUACUCUGUCCUGCACAAUAAUAAGGAGACUUUCAUACCCAUACGGCCCUCAGGCUCCCGCAGAGUAGGAGUGUAUCUGGACUGGGGGGCUGGUGCUGUGUCCUUCUACAGAGUCUCCUCUGAUGGACUGACCCCCCUGCACAGAUUCACCUCCUCAUUCACUGAGUCCCUCUAUCCAGGGUUUUAUGUUUAUAGAAACUCCUCAGUGUCUCUGUGACGUGUUGCUGGUUCUCCUGCAAAAAGGUAAAAUCUCUGCUUUUUAAUUGAGCUGUUGGGGAAAUUUAACAAAAUCGUGGAACGGCUGAGGUGCCCCUGAGGAGAAGAUUGGGAACUGAAGCGGUGUUCAUCUAGCCAUCCAACUAGAUAUCAGUAACUUUUUAGAAAACAGAAGAAAUUAUGACUAGUUUUUAUUGUGUUACUCUUAAUUUGCACACGUUCUAAGCCAAAGUACACUUGCUACCCGGAUAAACAGCUUUAAACAUUUCUUUGGACUGCCUAAGACUUUUGCACAGGACUGUAUGUUUGACAAAAGAUAAAUGACUGUGUUCAGUGAGCUGAAUAACAUGAAAAAUGUCACGCUCGGCUGCGAUCGCGCUGUUUAAAAGCGGGCAAUCGCUUGGGCAGGCGGGCAAAGAGCAGGCGUACAGGCAUAUACGGGCAAAACAAGGGGUUUAAUCGAAUACCGGGGCCAAGGGUACAUCAAACGGGAACGAACAUCAAUGACAGACAAGGGAUUAAUGCAAAACAGGGACUUAAAUACACGGAACAAGGCAGCAGGAAACAAGACACGACUGGGCGCGAUCAGGGAAUCACACGUGGGUAAUUAGCGGGCGUGGCACACACGAGGAGCGGACGUCACAGAACCACCCCCCCAAAGGCGCACUACACCGGGCGCGCCCGGGAGGAGGCGAGGGACGGGACGAGACUGGGAAACCAGGACCUGAAAGACAAAAGCAAAACCAAAUCAACGGGGACCAGGGAACAAAACAGACAGGCAAAACUGACAAAGAGGCAGGAGCCAGGACAGGACACCACACAAGACAGGAAAGGCAGACAGACAGACAAGAAACGGGGACACGGAGGGAACAGGCGGAACAAAAGGGCCAGGAGUGAACAGAGGGAACCCAGGGAGAGAAGGAGGAACACGAGGAGCAGAGACGGGCGGGACGAAGGGACGAGGAGCAAAGAAAGGCACAGAGACAGGAGAGCAGGGCAAGAAGGAGGGGGAGCAAAGGGGAGCCCAUGGGAGCCCCAGCGGGCGACGGGGGGCGACCGGAGGGGCCGCAGGCGGCCGGGAGGCCGGAGCCGGAGGGGCCCGCGGAGGGGCCGAGGAGACAGGGCGAGGGACCCGCGGAGGGACCAGGGAGGGAGCCGGAGGGAGCACCGGGGAAGGGGACGAGGGAGCUGGAAGGGGCCACGGCGAAGGCAAGGAGAGGGGGGGAGCCGCCGCAGGCGGCGACGUCCUCCGACGAGCCGAAGGUGGGGGCCCCGCAGGCGACCGAGGAGCCGCCGUCGGGGAACCCCCAGGCGACCGACCAGGCACCGGAGGGGGGAGCGAGGCGGGGCGACGAGGCACCGGAGAGGGACCCGCAGGCGACAGCCGACCCGGAGGGCCAGGACCCGCAGGCGCCAACUGAGCCCCAGCGCAGGCGAGGCAGGGCGAGCCAGGGGGCAGGGCGGGCGGGACCCCAGCCCUGCGUCUGUGUCCCCUUCCCCUUGCGGGACACAGACAUGCCGACCCCUGGUCGGGGUCGAUGUCGCCGGGGUGAGGACAGAGGAGUCACUAGUGCGGUCCCCGAGGGGUCCCAUUCAAGCUCCUCCACCUCCGAAGAGGGAGGAGCCAAGAUGGAGUCCUCCGGGACCACCUCGGGGACUAGGGCGACAGGAACCGGAGCUGCUGCAGUGGGGGCGCCUCUGGAGCUGCUGCAGGCGGAGGGGGCGCCUCUGGAGUGCGGUCAGGGACUGGAGCGUGGUCAGGGACUGCAGGCUGUCGCAGUGGGGGCGCCUGCCCGGGAUCUGCUGCAGGCGAAGGCGGCUGCGCAGGCAGCGAAGGCCGCACGGGAGCGUGAUCCGCCGGCAGCGACAGCUGCACGGGCGGCGGCUGCGUGGGCGGCAAGAGCAGAGGGAGCUCCUCAGGCUCGGCUAUUGCUGCUCGUCGCGGAGGCGGCUGUCCCAGCUGUACCGUGACCCGGUGUGUUCUCCGGACCGGGGAAGUUGCUUGGGAGGGCAGCUUAGCAGCGCUGAGGGCCUCCGUGUCGUCCGGGGAGUCCUCCAGCUCACCAGCUGGGAAGGAGGCGGGCACGAGAGCGCACGCCCCUAGGACGAUCGUCCGGGCGACCGUCGGCCUCUUCCUCCUUCUCCGCUUCACCGUCGGGGGGGUAGGCUGCGCACUGUCCGAGAAAGCAGACGGCGGGAGGAUGGUCCCCGGUUCGCGUAGCGCAACCCACCGCUCUUUACGGAGCUCGGCCACCCGCUGGAAGUUAUCGCGCACCUCCUCCGCGAGGUGCGCGUCCUUUUCCAGGGACAGCUGGUCCAGGAUGUCCCAGCUCCGGCUGAUGAGAUCCCAGGCCGGGGGAUCUUCCCGGAUGCCGGGCUGGGCGAUCCAAAAUAGCAGCUGGUCGACGUAACUGCGGUAGUCCUCCACAGUUACGGAAGCUGCUUCUCUUUGGUCUGUCAUUCUGUCACGCUCGGCUGCGAUCGCGCUGUUUAAAAGCGGGCGAUCGCUCGGGCAGGCGGGCAAAGAGCAGGCGGACAGGCAUAUACGGGCAAAACAAGGGGUUUAAUCGAAUACCGGGGCCAAGGGUACAUCAAACGGGAACGAACAUCAAUGACAGACAAGGGGUUAAUGCAAAACAGGGACUUAAAUACACGGAACAAGGCAGCAGGAAACAAGACACGACUGGGCACAAUCAGGGAAUCACACGUGGGUAAUUAGGGGGCGUGGCACACACGAGGAGCGGACGGAGCGGGCGUCACAAAAAAUAUACACUUCACUACAAAAAAAAUGAAAAUCUAAGCAAGUAUAAUUUUAUUAUAUUUAGAUAAAAUUCCAAUUUCAUUAAUAAACUGACUACAAUGCAAUAAAUGGCCUGUGAAAUUUAACAAAUUGCUUCUGUUGUGAGGCAAAGAUGGCCUAAAACUAGCAAAAUGUGUUUUUAGUCAGUUUAUUGAUGAAAUUAGAAUUUUGUAUUUUAUUUCACCUUUUGGAGAUGAGGCGGACCCACAAUGUGUGCAGUAUAAUAAUUACAGACACAAAGUAAUAAGAUUGAUAUUGUCAAGCAAUGAGGGACAGUGUGGUAUAUGAAAAUUAAACAGAUUUGAAGCUUGUUUGCCACAUUAUGAAAUACUUCAUCUGCAAGAAGGCAAAGCCAGAUACAAAGCAGCAGUGUGUCCAAGCAAGAGUUAUUUUGGGAGAGGAGAGUGACCCAAGAUGUGUGUAACAGACUAAUUACAGGCCCAAACAAAGUAAUAUGGUUGAUUGUGGAGAAUAAAGGUGGACAGAGUGGAAAAUGACACAUUCCUUAGUGUGUUCUGUCUGGCUAACAGUCUGAAAGGCUGCUGAUGGCUGCAUAUUCACGGGGUGGGGCUGGGGGGCAGUCACAAUGACGUGUGAAUGUGUCAUUAACUUCUCUGCUUGGUCACAAUGAAAAGAGAUAUGUUUGCAGGGGAUCAAGGUGAGGUUGUUUUCUUAACCUAAGAACACUGAACCAAUGGUCAAGCAGGGUGGUGGAACAGUAGUAUCAUGCUGUUUUGCUGACAGUACUUUACAUCACUACAUUGCACAAAGAAGAUGGAAUGAUAAAGUAGCACUGGAUAGACAGAUUGAGAUUUUUUUGUCAUAGUACCAGAGUCAAAAAGAGGAACAUAAAAGAAACAUAGCAUAAUAAGUAUUUACUGUAACCCUUUGGAGUCUGAGGCCUCUCACCCACUUUCAAAGUAGUCUGACAUGCCUUAACAUUUUACAGUUUUUCUGAGUUGCUAAAACAUUUCCUAAAAUCUCCUCUCCUUUAAUCAAACCACUAAGCACAAACCCUAAAAUUCUAGCUAAACUCACAAAGAAAUGAAAACACUACCACUCAAAAUAGUUGUUGGCAUGCAAAGUAGAAACUGUAAGACUAUAAUAAAAAAAAAGUAUGGUCGUCUACCAAAAAUAUUUGUAUACUGUACAGUUGUUACAUAUUAGUUAUCAGUCAUGUUUGCCGUAUUCAGUACUCCAGAAAAGUUACUGUAAAGAACAAAGCCAAAAAAUAAACAAAUGAGAGGCAUAUUACAGAAAAAUGUUGUGCAACUGCUAAUCCAGAUUCACGGAAAGAAAGAAUCCUCUUUGUGACCCAUUUGUACCUUGACGUCGAAAUUCAGCUCAUAUUCACCUGGUGAAAUCAGGUGAGAUAUCUGAAAUCAGGUAUUGUAACUCCACUGCACAAAAUGAAAAUCUAAGCAAGAAUAAUUUUCUCAUAUUUAGACAAAAUCCCAAAGAUGGCUUAAAACUAGUAAAAUAAUCUGCCAGUGCAAUAAGAUAAUUAUACUUGGUAAGAUUUUCUAAAGGAAGACAAUAUGCCUGUCACGUUCAAGUAGCGAUCGCGUUGGUUAAGUGGGUGAUCGCUCAAGUGGGAGAGCGGGCAAAGGAGCAGGCAGGCAAAGCACGGGGUAAACUGGGGAUUUAUUCAGACGUCGACGAACAUCAGUGACAGACAAAGGCAUUAGGCAAGACGUGGACUUAAAAAGACAAGACUGGUUGAAAAUAAUCAGACACAGCUGGGCACGAUCGGGAAAGCACAUGUGGAUAAUCAGGGGGCGUAGCACACACGAGGAGCGGACGGGCCGGGCAUCACAAUGCCUUCAUGCAAGAAAAUUAUUGUUACUCAUCAGAUGUGUUUUAGUCAGUGUGAAUUUUGUAUUUUACUUCCCCUUUUUGAGAUGAGGCAGACCCAAGAUGCAUGCAAUACAAUAAUUACAGGCCUAAACAAAUAAGACAUUAAUAUAGUAAUAAUAAGAUAUUGUCGAGCAAUGAGGGACAGUGUGGUAUAUGAAAAUUGAAGUUAUCAUACUGUCUUUUUCAGUACUUUUAAAAAUAAAAUAAUCCCUGUGUAUUUUUUA